CUGAGCUUGUCCUGCUCUCCUCCCCUCGGGAAGGUACGAGAGCGUGAUUGCCACGCUCUGUGAGAACCUGGACUCCCUGGACGAGCCCGAGGCCAGGGCUGCCAUGAUUUGGAUCGUGGGCGAAUACGCCGAGCGCAUCGACAACGCUGACGAGCUGCUGGAGAGCUUCCUGGAGGGCUUCCAUGAUGAGAGCACCCAGGUCCAGCUGCAGCUGCUGACAGCCAUCGUGAAGCUGUUCCUGAAGAAGCCCACGGAGACACAGGAGUUGGUGCAGCAGGUGCUGAGCUUGGCCACACAGGUGGGUGACACCUGGGACAGCUUCCCAGGGCUUCCCAUCCCCUGGGAAUGUGGCAGCAGGCAGGGAAUUGGAGCUUAGUUCAGAAUGGUUUGG